AUGUCGUCGGAGAAAACAAAGUCCUCCAAGGUGACAGGCGCUGGCGAUCUUCACGUCGUCUUCCUUCCCUUUUUCGCUUCUAGCCACACCAUCCCUUUGGUCCACGUCGCCAGGCUCUUCGCCGCCCAAGGCGUUCGCUCCACCAUCAUCACCACCGUUCACAAUGCUCUCCUAUUUAAAUCCUCCGUUGACCGUGAUAUCUCCGCUGGGUUUCCCAUCGCCGUUCAGACCCUCAACUUCCCAGCAUCGGAGGUCGGACUUCCCGUCGGAAUAGAAAACAUCAACGAUGCAACCAAUCUAGAAAUGGCAUCUGCAGUCUUCCGAGGCAUGAUGAUGCUCCGGACAUCAAUGGAACAACUGAUCCGCAGUCUUGCUGCAGAUUGCAUCUUCUCCGACAUGUUCUUCCCGUGGACCGCUGGCCUCAAUAUCCCGAGACUGUUAUUUUACCCUUCUUGUUUCCUUUACCACUCCAUUUUCCAUAGCUUGAAAGUUCAUAAACCUCACGAGAAAGUGCAAUCGGAAUCGGAAAGCUUCGUGGUUCCCAAUUUGCCGGAUAAAAUCACGAUGAAGAGGUCUCAGGUCUCAGACUUUUUCAAGUUGAAGACCCCAAUGGGUGAGAUAAUGGAAACGAUCAAACAAUCGGAGAAGAGAAGUUAUGGAUUAGUGCACAACACGUUUUACGAGAUCGAACCAGAUUAUGCUGAUCAUUUUAAGAAGAUUAAGGGCAUGAAAAUCUGGCAUAUUGGUCCACUGUUCCAAUAUUUUAUUCGCAAGGACUUGAGAGGUGGUGGAACGUCGGAGAAGCACAGUAGUCUGAAAUGGCUCGACAGUCAAAAACCCAAAUCGGUGAUAUACGUUUGUUUCGGAAGUAUGGUUAAAUUCCCAGAAGCUCAGAUCACUGAAAUUGCUUUGGCACUUGAAGAAUCUAAACAACCGUUUAUCUGGGUGGUGAGGAAGAAGGUUGGAGAUGAAGAAAUCGGUGGGCUGCCGGAAGGUUUUCAGGAGAGGAUUGAAAGGGAAAACAAAGGGUUGAUCAUGACGGAGUGGGCUCCACAAGUGGAGAUUUUACAACAUGCGGCGGUCGGAGGGUUCUUGAGCCACUGCGGGUGGAACUCGGUGCUUGAAGCCAUCGUCUCUGGUGUGCCAAUGAUGACAUGGCCGUUGUACGCCGAGCACUUUUACAACGAGAAGCUGGUUGAGCUUUUAGGUAUUGGAGUCGGAGUGGGGGCGGAUGUUUGGAACUCCGGUUCGGAUAUCACUAGCCCAAUCAUCGGGAAACGGAAUAUAGUAGAUGCUAUUGAGAUAUUGACAGGUGGAUCCGCCAUGGCUCAAAGCAUCAGACGCAGCUCAAAAGAGGUAGCCAUGAAAGCCAAACACGUUGUUGAAGAAGGUGGGUCUUCUCAUAACGAUUUAGUGGCUUUGAUAGAAGAACUUAAAGCCAUUAAAUUGGUCCCAAAACCUUGA